AUGACAUUAUCUGACUUGGUGGACGAUUACGCCAGAAUUAUCAGAAACUGUGUUGUCUGCGUCAGAGACAAGGCUCGUGUUGGAAAUCAAAUCAUGGGAGAAUUGCCUCCUAGAGUUUCGCCUUCUCGUCCAUUCUCUCAUAUGAGAAUGGAUUAUGCGGGUCCGUUUUUAGUUCGUUCAAGUUCAGGCCGCGGAUCUAAAUCUCAUAAAGCAUGGAUUGUGGUUUUUGUCUGUUUUGAUGUCAAAGCUAUUCACUUAGAGCUCGUCGAUGAUUACACAUCAGCUGCAUUUCUCGCUGCUUUCAGGCGCUUCACAUCACGUCGGAGCUUGCCAACUGAUUUAUACAGCGAUAAUGGAACCAACUUUCGCGAAGCCGAUCGCGAAUUAUCACAUACUUUUCGGCUCGUUAUGAAAGAUCCAGUAGCAGCAACAGUAUUAGCAGUAUCAGCAGUACCAGCAGCUUCAGCAUAUACAGCAGCAUUAGCAGUACUAACAGCUUUAACUACAGCAUCAUCUUCUCGUUUGAUAGAUAUUAAAACAAUGGACUUCCAAAAAGUCAACGCCACUGGUCGCAUGGAGAGAUUUCUACCAACGAAGCCGCUUUCUGAAUUGACUGUGAAUGAGUUAUACAACGUAACUAAAAUAAACAAGGUGCAGACGAAAUAUGGUUCUAGGAUUGUAGUAGACCUGGAUGCUACAUUUACCACUUUUCUACCGGCAAGGUUUUCAAAACUUUUUGAAGAUGACCCUACCUCCUUCACAAUGAUGGAAGAGGCCGUGCAAUCGGAGAAGUUGCGAUUAAAGUAUAUUGAUGGUUUUCACUUUUAUAACGUCCAGGUAGUGAAUUCCAAGCACAAGGUGGUUCAAAAAGGUAAACUCUUGGUUGAGCAUCUGCCUCCAGAGGAACUAUAG